AAUCUACACAGCGCAGGCGACCCUAGUGAGGUUACAGCUAAGCCGCAGUCAAUUAUAGACUGAAACAUACUCACGUCUUAACACUGGAUAUAGGGACGUUCACACGAAAGGUGAAGAGUCUCCAGAACACCUGUUUCAGACGUACAUGAAAUUCACCGUAAAUCCGAUUUUAUUUUUGAGAAAAAGUAUGAAAUGGCAUUAUUCCGAAUAAAAAUCACAGUAGGCGUCUGCUUCACCUAAUUUCUGUACACAAAGACGAGUCGUUGUUCAUGCAGUUUUAAACAUGGAAGACUUUGAUCAUUUUCAACAAAUUGAAGAUUUUCUUAGUGAGUUUAAAAACAAAUCGAAAAACCUUUCCGCAGUGGCUGCGUUUAAUUUGCACAUUAAGUCUACGGCGAACGAUACAAAUGUAUCUAAAAUCGAGAACGAUUCAAGUAAGCAUGUCGUCGGAAACAUCAUAUUGAUAACAGCAUACACCAUUUUGAUGUGUAUUUCCUUAUUUGGGAAUAGUAUGGUUUGUUACGUCAUUGUUCGUAAUAGACGAAUGUAUACCGUGACCAAUUUUUUCAUCGCCAAUAUGGCAAUUUCGGAUCUAUUUGUCACAUGUUUCAAUGUUCCAUUCAACAUUGCAAGACAUUUACUGGAUGAGUGGCCAUUUGGAGAUUUUAUAUGCCAUCUGAUGAAUUUCUCAUUGAUGAUAUCCGUGUAUGUAUCAACAUUUACGCUGACGGCCAUCGCACUGGAUCGCCAAUAUGUUCUUCUUUAUCCACUAAAACCUAGAAUAUCCAAACGCUCAGGGUUAAUCAUUUUGGCAUUUAUAUGGGUUAUAUCCUUCCUUUUGUCUUUGCCGUAUGGAAUUUAUACUGAAGUGUCCGAGGUCAACUUUGUGUUAAAAAGAGUCAAAAGAUGCAGAUCUAAUUUUCCGGAGCCGAAAGAAGAAUUUGAGAAGACAUUGACCAUAACAACAACAAUAAUACAAUAUUUUAUUCCCUUAACCAUCAUAGGUGUCUCUUACGGACGGAUAGUGCGGAAGUUAUGGCGCAGAACGCAUCUUGGAGCAGUCACACACUCACAACAACGAUCGCAAAAUAAGGCAAAACGCAAAAGUAUAAAACUAUUAAUAACAGUGGUAGUUGUAUUUGCCCUUUGUUGGAUGCCGUUAAAUUUGUAUCAUAUCCUAACCGAUUUUCAUCCGGACACCAGCGUCUUUCAAUACAACAGUACAGCGUUCUUCGUUUUUCAUUGGAUAGCCAUCAGCAGCACGUGCUACAACCCUUUCGUUUAUUGCUGGAUGAACGAAUCAUUUCGUAAAGAGGUAAAGUCCUGUAUAGAUGUUUGUUUCAGAUCUUGCCAAUCAGGUACUGGAAAUAACAGAAAUGGUUUCUUGAGCAGGAGAGAUUUCUUUAACCGUUACAGUCUGAAAACAAUGUCAACAAUUUUACGACCAAGUUCCACCUUCAGUACCAUUCCUUAUUCUAACAAAUCUUGUCUUGAUUCCUCAGGCAAAUCCAAGGACGACAUUCCUUUGUUUGAAACGAACCACACUGUGUUUUCAGAUAUUUCAAAUGCAUAACCUAAUGACAAUUUUUUGUUGAAUCUUUCCUGAAAUAUUCCAUCCAAAUUUUAUUCCACAUUUACAAUUUUGUGUAAAUAGAAAAAAAUGCAUAUUUCUGCUGACUAUUUUAAUGGUAGAGUAUAUUAU